CCGAGCUCCUCCGCGGGCGGUGGGGUUAAGGUGCUGUUAUGGCGGAGCCUGCGGACCCCAGCCGGUUUGAAAGAGGCGCGGAGAAUCUGGGGGCCCAGGGAGCCUCGGGUCCUGGAGGAGCCCUGGUGGAGCUCACCCCGACCCCCGGCGGCCUGGCUCUGGUGAGCCCCUACCACACCCACCGGGUCGGGGACCCCUUAGACCUCGUGGCGCUCGCCGAGCAGGUGCAGAAGGCUGAUGAAUUCAUCCGAGCAAAUGCUACCAACAAGCUGACAGUCAUCGCCGAGCAAAUCCAGCAUUUGCAAGAACAAGCUAGGAAGGUGCUGGAAGACGCUCGCAGAGAUGCUGACUUGCACCACGUGGCUUGUAAUAUGGUGAAAAAACCUGGCAACAUUUACUAUCUUUACCAGCGAGAAAGUGGCCAGCAGUACUUUUCCAUUAUUUCUCCAGAGGAAUGGGGAACAGGCUGUCCCCAUGACUUCCUUGGUGCCUACAAGCUGCAACAUGACAUGUCCUGGACUCCGUAUGAAGACAUUGAGAAGCAAGAUGCUAAAAUCAGUGUGAUGGACAAGCUGCUGAGCCAGCCCGCCAUGGCCUUGCCCCCAAGCACUGAACCCGCCUUCCAGGGACUGAGUCACUGAGUAUGGCUCUGACCAGCAGCCACCAAGACAAAGGCCUACUGCUGCCCCCUCCUUGUCCGCAUCUUCUUCCUGGGAGGGAGGGUAAGGCCUGUGGGUGGUCUGGUGAAUGAUGGUACUUGAAGAUGACCUUGGUGAGAGUAGCUGCUGCUGCUGGUUGGGAUGGUAAGGAAUCACACCUGUGGGAUAUCCUUGGGUCCACUGAUGCCCAGUUGAGUGGUUCCAGAGGAUUGGCUGCUCCUCCCUUAAGUCAAAACACUGGAGAAAGAGGAGUCAUCUUGCUGUCAAGUUGGUGGGUGCUUUUCCAGGAAGAACCACUUUUCUGUCAGGCUGGUAUUGAAGCUGUCUUCAGAGGUGGUGCUGUGCCAAUUUGAAGUUGACCUGGGAACCCCAGUGCUGCCCAAGGAGGAUUGAAAAGCCAACAAACAAAAA